AUUUGAUGAGACUAAGGGAAAUCCGGUCGAGAGAAAUAUCAUGAAUUUAAACAGUAAUCAGAGGAGACACAACGACAAUUACUAUGCACAAACUAAAUAAUUAUAUUGAUCAUAUUUUAUUUAGAUAGUAAAAUAUAAGAGAUUUGAAGAUAGGUACCGUGGAGGUGUGUUUAUGCUUCUUCCCACCGCCCACUCCGGAAAAGUCAGCCAUCGUUAGCUAUUUUUAUUUUUUAAGGUGACGUGGAGUCGGUACCUACUUCAUCCCGAUUCAUGUGUCUUUAAAAGUACGACACAUAUCUGGAUUUCUAGGUAAUCGAAGUAGCAAAAUUGAAACUAACUGGAAUAUUAAAAAUGUGUAUCAAUAUUUAGAUUCAAUCCUAGCAGGACAUCGCUGAGGAGGCGAGUAUUCUUGGGCCUGGAAUCUGAGGAAUCCAGCGGGCAGACAGGUUUGGGCCCAUGAUGGCUGAAAUUGAACAUCCUAACCAGCAAGGAGUCUGCCGGAUGAUAGGUUAUUGCAUCUUGGUCCUGUGUCUCGUGCCACAUAUAACAUGGGCUACAGUGAGCUACAAGCAAGGGGAUCCUGUAACAUUAUAUGUCAACAAAGUUGGUCCUUACCAUAACCCUCAGGAAACGUAUCAUUACUACACGUUGCCUGUUUGCAGGCCUAAAGAGGUGCACCACAAGUCCCUUAGUCUAGGAGAAGUACUUGAUGGGGAUCGGAUGGCAGAGUCCCUGUAUGAAAUCAAAUUCAGAGAGAAUACAGAGAAGAAGUUACUCUGCCAGCUAACCCUCACAGAGAAAGAGGUGGACCAACUCCGAGAGGCCAUAGAGGAGCUGUAUUACUUUGAGUUUGUCCUGGAUGACAUUCCCAUCUGGGGCUUUGUAGGGUACAUGGAGGAGAGUGGCUUCCUGCCACAUAGUCAUAAGGUGGGGCUGUGGACACACCUGGACUUCAACAUUGAGUACAACGGCAACUCUGUGAUCUUCGCCAACGUCUCCGUGAAGGACUCUAAGCCAGUGCCCCUGGAGGAGGGUGGCGCCGGGCACGGGGCGGUGGGGACGGGCGGCGGGCUGGCACUGUCCUUCACCUACAGCGUGCACUGGUUCGAGAGCCCUCUGACCCACGCCCGGCGGGCCGAGAGGCUGAGGGACUACUCGUUCUUCCCCAAGACCCUAGAGAUCCACUGGCUCUCUAUUAUCAACUCCCUGGUGCUGGUGGUACUGCUGCUGGGCUUCGUCAUCAUCAUCCUCAUGAGGGUCCUCAAGAAUGACUUCGCCAGGUACAAUGUUGAGGAGGAGGGCGGCUGUGAUGAUCUGGACCAAGGGGAUAAUGGCUGGAAGAUCAUCCACACAGAUGUCUUUAGGUUCCCCCCUUAUAAAAGCCUGCUGUGUGCCGUGUUGGGAGUGGGGGCUCAGUUUCUAACCCUGGCCACAGGGAUCAUCGUCAUGGCGCUGCUGGGAAUGUUUAACGUGCAUCGCCAUGGUGCUAUCAACUCGGCGGCCAUCAUGCUGUACGCGUUGACGAGCUGCGUGUCAGGAUACUGCUCCUGUAGCUUCUACACACAGAUACAUGGCCAGCGCUGGGUCUGGAAUAUCAUUCUCACCUCUUCACUCUUCUCAGCUCCCCUGUUCCUGACUUGGAGUGUGGUGAACUCAGUCCACUGGUGGAGCGGCUCCACCCAGGCCCUGCCUGCCUCAACAGUGCUGCUGCUGCUGGGGGCCUGGGUCCUGGUGGGAUUCCCCCUCACUGUCAUCGGGGGCAUUGUGGGCAAGAACCGUGCAGGCAACUUCCAGGCCCCCUGUCGCACACGCAACAUCGCCCGCCAGAUCCCCACACAGCCCUGGUACAAGCACACGGCUGUACACAUGGCCAUUGGGGGCUUCCUGCCUUUCAGUGCCAUCUCAGUGGAGCUGUACUACAUCUUCGCCACCGUGUGGGGACGAGAGCAUUACACCCUGUACGGCAUCCUCCUCUGCGUGUUCGCCAUCCUCCUCUCGGUGGGCGCCUGCAUCUCGGUGGCGCUCACCUACUUCCUGUUGUCGGGCGAGGACUACCGCUGGUGGUGGCGCAGUGUGCUGAGCACAGGUUCCACGGGCCUCUUCAUCUUCGUCUACUCAGUCUUUUACUACCGCAAUCGUUCGAGUAUGAGCGGCCUGGUGCAGAGCGCAGAGUUCUUUGGUUACUCUCUCCUCACAGCGCUGGUCUUUUCCCUCAUGCUGGGUACUGUCUCCUUCUGGGCCUCGCUGGUCUUUAUUCGCUACAUCUACCGCAGCCUCAAGAUGGACUAAGGGAAUGUACAGCCGAUUACAUAACAGCCCAGUUUGAAUGUCUUUGUCCUUUCAUUUAGUCGAUUUGAUUGGUUGGAAAAAAGUAUUUUCUUAACCAAUCACAUACAGGUCAGUGGUUGCCACAAGGAAGUGAAGGAUGCAUUUGGACAUAGGAAUGGGUCAGUGUAUAUGCCUCAUGGGGUGGGGGAACCCAGGGGCCUUGUAGAAAUAUGAAAGACUGCCAUAGAGGUUGAGUAAGGGAAUUGGGAGUUAGGUGAAAGGGUAUCUAUAAAGGGAUGAAUGUGUCCUUUUGAGUGUGUUGUGCAAUGUGUUGCAGGCUUGCAGUUUGGCAUCAGCCUCUGGCAGAAGUGAUGGGAGAAAGUGUGUACUAGUCACCAUCCACUGAUUUUGGUUCUGGUGUAAAUAUACAAUCUUUUCAAUAAAGACAUCUUUUUAUUACAACCUA